AUGUCUUCAUGUGCAUUUGGCAAAUUGACGGACUUGGUUCUUUUUCAAAUAUAUAUUAAAAAACUUGCUCUACAACUAAAACUAUUUGAAGAUUGUCUCAGUUUUUCUCACGCUGCUAUCAUUAAAGAGAAUCUAUUAAAACAUGAGGUGAAGGGCGUUUUCGUCUACGUCGUAAAUAUUGGAGGUAAAACUUUCGAUCUUCUCCCUUUUACUUGUGCUUUUGUGUCAGGAAAGCAGCCACCAGAAUCCACAUAA